AUGUUUGACACUGAAGAAAAAUGGAAUGAACACAAAGUUAAGGUCUCAAAAGCAACCGCUAAAUACAAAGCUAACUCGUUAGUGCCAGAAAAUGAAAAUUUAGGAAUUUAUUCAAUGGACCUCCAAAAAGUUAUUCUAUUGCCCAUUAUGCCAGGAGUAAAAGAUGCCCUAUUUGUAAGUCGCCUUGUGGCUUUUAAUUUAACAUUUUGUUCAUUAAAGCAGAAUCCAACUACUAAAAAUUAUUGCUCAAUGUGGCACGAAGGGAUUGCUGGCCGUGACGGUCAUAAUAUUGUUGAUGCAAUUUUUAAAGUUUUUCAAGUUGAACGUGAUGUUAAAGAUUAUAUAAUUUGGUGUGACAAUUGUACGGGCCAGAAUAAAAAUUGGAUUCUGUAUACGGCAUUAGUUUAUUUAAUAAAUCAAGAAAGUUGUGGAAUUAAUUCCGUGUCAUUAAGAUAUCUAACAAAGGGGCACACGCACAUGAGUGCGGACGGUAUUCAUGGCAAUAUUGAAAGGAUACAGAAACUUGGUCAAAUUUACGAUUACGAGGAUUUAAAAGAAGCCGUCUCCUCUUCUAGGAAAAAAUUGUUAUGUACUUGA